GUAGCUGCAGAGGGCUUUGUUGUUUCACUGGAUUCAGUCGACGCUGUGCGGACUAGCUGUGCAAAAUGCCUGAAAACCUGUUUUCCUCUCAUAUUUUUACCCGAGGAGAGACUCCAUCCGCUGACCUCUGCAGAAUCCUCCGGGGGGUUUAGUUGGUAGUAGCUUGGCCAAGAAAAAAAAAGACCUGUUAAAAUGGAAAACGAUCUCGAGGUCAGACUCAUCCUCAUUGGUCAGAGAUGGGCUGGAAAGAGCUCCUCUGGCAACACCAUCCUGAGAAAGGAAAGGUUUGAGUCUGGCCGAACCAGAACAGUCGUGACUGAAAUGAGACAUGGGGAGGUGGAGGGCCGGAAGCUCAUCGUGGUCGAUGCUCCAGGGUGGAGCGGCUCCCUCUCCCUCGCUGAGAUCCCAGAGCGGGAGAAGCAAACAUUUAAACUCAACGCAUCCAAGUGUCCACCCGGACCAAAUGUUUUCCUCCUCAUCAUUCCCAUAGACUGUGCUUUCUCUGUGGAGCAGAGGAGGACCGUGACGGAGCACAUGAAGCUCCUGGGGGAGCGGGUUUGGAGAUACACCAUGGUGCUGUUCACCUGUGGGGAUUUCCUCGGGGAGAAGACGAUAGAGCAGCACAUUGAGAGCGAGGGCGACGAGCUCAAGUGGGUCAUAGAAAGAUGCAGGAAUAGGUACCACGUGUUCAACAACAAGAAGAGGAGCAACUCCUCUCAGGUGACACAGCUGCUGGAGAAGAUAGACGAGCUGGUGUGGCACAACAAUGGCGGCUACUACCAGGUAGAUGAACAGACGUUUGCCAUCAUUGAAGAGAAGCAACAGCGGGUGGCUGAAAGGGCAGAAGAGAGACGGAGGAGGGUGGAGGAACAAAGACGGCAAAUGGAAACACUCAUUCCAGAAGAGAUGAAAACCAUCCCAAAACUCCAGAUGAUUCUCUUGGGAAGCCGAAGCGUUGGGAAAACCUCAGUAGGGAACACCAUCUUUGGCAUCAAAGGGCCAGAAGAUGGAAAAAGAACGGCACAGUCGGUGGCCCGGAAGGGUUUUGUGGGUAAAACUGAAAUAACUCUUGUUGACACACCAGGUUGGUGGAAAGGCUUCCCUGUUUUUGACACACCUGAAGCGAUCAAAGAGGAAGUGCUGCGCAGCACCUUUCUGUGCCCCCCUGGGCCUCAUGUGUUCCUGCUGGUGAUAGACGCAGACGCAUCCUUCAAUGCCAAACACUUAAAUGCAGUGAAAACACACAUGGAGCUUCUCGGAGAAGGAGUGUGGAGGCACACGAUCGUAGUUUUCACCAGGGGAGACUGGCUGGGAGCAAACAGCAUCGAGCAGUACAUCGAAGGGGAGGGAGAGGCCAUGCAGACCCUAGUUGAAAAAUGUGGGAACAGAUAUCACGUCAUUGAUAACAAGAAUGCAGAUGAUGGUGCUCAAAUCACGGAGCUGCUGGAGAAGAUCACUUGGACUGUGGCUGGAAACGGUUGGGAGCAUUUCGUCCCAGAUGAGAAGAUGUUUCUGAUCAUUGAAGAGAAAAGACGACGAGUGGAAGAAGGAGCAAGGCUGAGGCAAAGUCAAGUCAAGGCCAGGAGAAAGCCCUUCAGUGAUUCCAGAAAUAAGUUACAGAGGAUGAGGAUCGUGCUGCUCGGUCAGAAGACAUUCGGAAAGAGCGCAACAGGAAAUAACCUCCUGCGUAAAGAAGUGUUCCCCACCUGUCGGAAUACGCACUGUCAGGUGGAGGAGGGCGAAGUUGCCGGCAGGUUGAUCACAGUGAUCGACACCCCGGGCUGGAGGAUGGAGACCUCCCGUUGCACAGAAGAGACUGACAAAGAAAUUGUUCAAGGUCUGUCUGUGAGCCCCCUGGGGGUUCAUGCUGUCCUGCUGGUCGUCCCCUUGGACCUGACGUUCAGAGAAGCUCAACAGGCCGCCCUGGAGGAGCAUGUGAACCUCUUCGAUGCCAGCAUCUGGAAACACACGCUGGUUCUGUUCACAUACGGAGACAAUCUCGCAGACAAAUCCGUAGAGGAACACAUUGAGAGGGAGCACGGUGCCCUACGCUGGUUGGUAGACAAGUGCGAGAACAAAUACCACGUCAUGAACAACAUGAGGAAAACCGACAUGAGUCAGGUUACGGAGCUGCUUGAGAAGAUAGAGGAAAUGGUGGCGGGGAACAACGGCCGGCUCUUCUGCCCUGACAUGAACGACAUCCACCUGAGAAUUGAAGAGAAGUUCAGGAGGAGGCAGCUCAAACAUGUGCUCAAGCAGCGAGUCCAGGAGGAGUACAGGAGGAGGGAGCUGGAGCUGAUGAUGGGCUUCAGGGACAAACUCCUGGAGCUGCAAGCUGAUAUUAGGGAAAGUGCGGCAAACACUAAACCCAAGUCACUGAUUUGUGACAUGACCAAGAUCAAAGGCAGGGGUAUUGGUCAGAAGAAGAAAGAUGGAAAGGAGGAGGAGUUGAACAUAGAUGCAAAAAUCAGCCUGGAAAUUGACAAGCUGAAUAAGGACAUAAUGAGAUCCUCGGCUCAUCUUCAGAGCAGCAAGGACUUCUUGAUGCCGGACUUGCGUGGGACUCCAGCACCAUCGACCACUGGCUCUUUGCCGGACAUAGGACCAUCCAGCCACUUUGAUAAUGUUCUACGUUGGCUGCUCACACUCCCAAUCAGCACGGACGAAGAAAACCCGCAGAACCUCAAGUCCUCUCGGACGUCGGGAUACGGAUCUGUGCUACUGUACGAUGACUUGGACUCGCGCACAAAGGUUGACGUUCCUGAAUGAAUUGCCUCAAUAGGCUGAUGUGCUAGAAAAUGAGAUCAAUAACAAAGGGCCGUGACGAUUUUCGAUUCUAAAUAAAAAAUCAGUCAAAAUGAGCUUUCAGUGUCAAUCAUGAUGCAGCUCUGUGGUAAUUUUGGGCGCUGUCGUCAAAUGUGUUCUUGGUUCGGCAGACAAUUUUAGGCACACCUUACAAUACAACAUUCCUUUCAUUAAUAAACUAUCCUAGAUUUCCCAUUUUUCUUACGUGAGUUAUGUAUCCCUGUCUUCACAAUAAACUAAUCACAUAAUA